AUGGAUGUCAAUUUCCCUUCCAUUCAGUCUUUUUACUCCAGGGAACUGCAACCCAGCUCUCAGGGUACAAGUGAUGGGCUUUCGAAAUCGCAAAAGCCAGGAGAUGGCUUCACGUCUUCUGAGGUUGAAGCAGUACUUGACCCUCUAUCAAGGCCUUGGAAACCCUCACGACACUAUGAAACAUGUCCAAUUUCUCUCCUCGAAACUGGUCCUCACAACUACCAGAUUUCGGGGAGGAUUGUGAACUUUGCCGACAAUUUUCGCGACCAAGGUUUUCAUUUUCUUGUUGUCACCGAUGGAUCAGGGGCCAUUGCAGUAAAAGUGUACUACAUUAAAGUGUCUGAUUACCAGCUACUUCUCGGCCGAAGAGUCACAAUAUGGACCACUUUCAUUGGCGACUCAACGGGGGCUUCGUCGGGCAGUAUACCUUUCUGUUCUUCAACUACGACUUUGUACCCUGGCCGCAAUGGCGCAACACACAUCAUCGUCCAUAACGAUGAUCCUGGCUCGGAUGGAGAUCGCAUACUGCGUUGCCCUUUAGAGUGUAAUCUAAAAGAGUAUGAAUAUCUUCCAGCGCUGAUGACGCUAAAGUCCUUUCUUUCCACCGGUUAUGAUUUAGGUGAGGGCAAAAUUCUCGUCUGUGUGAGAAGCGUCGGGCCGCGGAGGACAGUCCAGUCAAAGAAAACUCAACAGACCCUUGAAAUGGUAGAAGUAGGUAUAUUUGACGAUACGGCAACUUGCGUCUUGAAGCUCUGGGAAGGCAAGGUUCCUUCGGCUAAGAGUUGGGUUCCCAAUGAGACAAUCCUUCUCAUUUCUAAGCCCACCUAUAAAAAUAGAGGCACGUCCCCGGAACUUGGAAUUGGCUUUAGUUCGAUGGUCGAUGUCAAUCCAAUGUUUCCUGAUGCCGAUUGGCUUAGGAAUAAGGUGAAGAGUAUGGCCAAGAAGCAGAGCGUCUAUAUCCCAUUUCCUUCUAAUACUUGGGAUACCGAGCGGGCUAUUAACGGUCCGGAUCGAACGUUAUUUACCAUCGCCGACGUAGAAGAUCGCGUUCGCCAUCCCGAAUCUAUCGUCGACUUUACUGGGAAGAUGAAUGUGGUCAUUCUUGAAAUGAAAUUGAUGGAACAUUGGCGUAAAGGAACUCUUUGCUACCUCGAAUGUUGCAAUAUGCCACUCUACUCGAACAAACCCGUCGCAAUAUGCAAGAAUUGCGAACUGAAGAGGGAUCUCGUGUUGAAUCAACGUAUUAUCGGGUCAAUGGUCGAUGAAAGUGGUAUGAUUGCAGCUAAUAAGCUCGUAUGGCGCGAUGGCGCUUGGACUCAACUCUUCUUUGGAAGUGCAGCAGACGAAACCCAAGAGGUCGACUCGGAACCCGAUCUGAUUGAGCAAUCGUGGGAGGAUUUAACUACUCUUGGUACCGAAUCUCUAAGAUACAUGGAGGAAUUUUUGUUAUAUUCCCGUGUCACCUUAACCUUCGGCUGGUCUUCCCAGCCAGAAAAAGUCUGCGUACUAGGAGUUGAGUGGUAGCAGGUUUCUUCUGAAACAAGCAUGCUGACGGCAAGGUCAAAAACUAGCUGUGCCAUUGCUGCUAAGUGAAACGGAUGACGGCAACACGUUGGCGAAUUCGAAAGGGACCUCGAAGUCGUAUAAGAGGCUUCUAGACGCGCAAGCUUUUAGCUAGCGAGUUGAGAAGAGACGUGGCUAGAACUAACUUAGCUCAUAUAACAUAUUGACGCAUUUGGCGUCGUUGACGACCAAGGGAUAUUAUUUGACCGACCAUAAAUCGGAGUGUAGCACGCGGGAUGAUGGAUCGCUAAG